AUGCUUGGCGGAGACGCGCUUGCUACUGCAAUUAACCACUUAAACGCUCAUCCUCGCAACUGGAUACCCGUUGCCUCCGACGUCGGCCGGAGAAAUGGCUCUUUCUGUGAAUCUACUGCCCACGGGUGGCCAUUUUUGCGACCAAUCUUGACCCAAAUUGUCCAUUCCCGUCUGCAGCGCCUACUUCCUCCACACCCCAGCCGACUCUUCAAUGCGAGUCUGCAAGAAGCGCUUUUGUCACUUGACCGGCCCGACUCGAUUGGGCCGUUGCCACGCCAUUCCUGCUCGUCUUCACACCCCGUCGAUGUGGUCCCACGGAGCAGGCCUGCAAAGCCUGGCUUCUCAGAUUGCAUGAAGCUGCAACUUCUCACGGCCUCUUCCUUCUCCCAUUUCGGCGUGUGCUCAAGCAAGAAGUCUCGUGGUUCAGUCGACGCCUGCAGAAGAGACUUCUGCUCAAAGUCACCUCAACGCUUCAUCCGAAAUUCCCAAUCUCUGCCUUCCCAUCGUCCAUUGCAUAAGCGCCAAGUUGCACAGCUCCGAAAAACUCUUUCUUUCAAGGUCCAGACAGCAUUUGAUCAGGCGUCUGUAUGCAGCUCGAGUGGCUGCAUUUCACACAGGCCCUCCGCUUCAAGGAGUUGUGCUCACAUUUCACAUUCCAUACGAACCGCACACUUCGUUCGCCGUUCCCGUGUCCUCACGACGACUACAUGUGUCUCGCAGAAUCUCUUUUAG